UAUAGGUAUAUAUCCAUCAUCGUACGUUUGGUACGCGGAGCAGCAGAAUGUGAGAAACCGCGCCCCGCCUGCAAGCAAGCAAGCAGCGUAAACUGCACCUCAUUCCGUCCAAGUGCGUGCAUCAUCCGGAAGCUCUGUCGACAGUGUCUGCCAGUGCUAACUACAGCCAGAACUACCUGCCGUUUUCCUUUUCGUCUCGUCGGUGCGCUCGUGACGUGCCUACAUGCCUCUACUACGCUUAGUUUUGCCUGUCCCUUUGGCUACCUAUAGCGUUCUAUCGAAGACUGCACUGUGCGUGUGACUGUUUGCCAGUCUGUGCCUGCGUCGUGAAAAUGUCGGCUAACCGCUGCUGCUGGUUCGGAUUGGAAAGUCGCUGUCGUCGCCGCGACUGUUAUUGCAGCAGCAGCAAUAGCCAGCGUCUCAGUUUAGCCGCCGGUUUAUGACGAAUUCGACCACGACCGAUUGACAAUUUAACAAGCCGAGACAGCUAAGUGCAGCCUUGCUUCCUAGCUCCCGUCCUGUCUUCCGCGUGCAGCUUGUAUCUCUGCUCUACUCUCCGUGCAUAGCAGCGCGCAUUUCCCACAAAUACAGAAUUUAGUGACUGCUUUCUAAGAUAGAAUUUUAGAGCUAUUGCAAUGUUUGCCAAGAAGAAGAAGAAACCCCAGAUUUCAACUCCAACAAAUUUUGAACACAGGGUCCAUACAGGCUAUGAUAGGCAGGAGAAAAAAUUUGUUGGCUUGCCAUUGCAAUGGGCAUCUAUUGUUGGGAAUAAUCAAAUUCUCAAGUCUACUAAUAGGCCUUUGCCUAUGGUUGAUCCAAGCGAAAUAACGCCAACUGAAAUUCUUGACUUAAAGACUAUUGUUCGCGGCCACAAUGAUCCAAGGUUAGGACAAUCAUUUAUUGGCAACAAAAGUGCAGAGAACAACUUGCCAAAAAUCAUUAGUGUUGCAAGAUCGAAUUCUCUGAGGUCCUCCAGCCCACCAAGACUGAGGAGAGACUACAGAAAUAAUUCAAAUCUGCCAGCCUCUGUUCCAGAGGGUCAAGAAAUAUCUAGCAAUCCAACUCCAACACAAAUGUAUCCUAAUUACAAUAAGCCUCAUGGCUACAUGGACAAAAUCAGACAAAAUUCUCCCAGUGUUGGACCAGGAGCCAAUACAGGUCACAAUAUUAUUCCUAAUCUGCAGAAUAUGAAUCCCAAUAUGCAAUCAUCACCAAACACACCAAAUAUGGGUGUCAAUGCACAGAAUUUGUCCAUGAAUUUCCAAAAUUUAAGUCCCAUUUCAAACAUGCAGAGUCCACCUUCCAAUUCAAACAUUCCACAGAUGCAAGAUUAUGAUUUUCAAAGAAUGAACCCAUCAAUGUCAAUGCCCCAAGUAGCCCAGUACAAUGGCAACAUGCAGCAAACUAAGUUUGAUCCAUCCAGAAAUCAACCAGUGCCUCAAAGCAUGAUGAUACAUAAUGCUCAUUCUAUGUCACCUGUUGGAUCUAUUGCUUCUCAGCGCCCACUAAGCCAGCUCAGCUCUCAUAAUGUACCAAAACAUAUGCAGAAUUACGGUCAGACAGAAAAUCCAAAUUUUCAGACUCAGUACCAGAAACCCAUUGAAAGUUCGCAAUCCAUGCACAAUCUUUCAAAAGCUGGUGCUAUGACCUCCAUGCCUGGUUUAAGUGCCACUACAGACCAGAAUCAAAAUAUGAAGAGUGCCAUGUCCUCUGGUAAUCUUGCUGUUGCUUCAACUGCAGCUUCGAAUAGCUCUGGAAAGCAGAAUGCUGAACAGAGACUGACUCAUGAACAAUUCAGAGCUGCAUUACAAAUGGUGGUAAGCACCGGAGAUCCACGGGAAAACUUGGAAAACUUUUUGAAAAUUGGUGAAGGAAGUACAGGAAUCGUAUGCAUUGCGUUAGACAAAAAGACAAAUAAACAAGUGGCUGUAAAAAAGAUGGAUUUGCGAAAACAACAGCGCCGAGAAUUAUUAUUUAAUGAAGUGGUCAUUAUGAGGGAUUAUCACCAUCCAAAUAUUGUGGAAAUGUACGACAGUUUCUUAGUGAAUGACGAGCUGUGGGUGGUUAUGGAGUAUUUAGAAGGUGGAGCACUCACUGAUAUUGUAACGCACUCGAAAAUGAGUGAGAAGCAAAUUGCUACCGUUUGCCUCCAGUGCCUUAAACCUUUGCAAUAUCUGCACUCGCAAGGCGUUAUACACAGAGAUAUCAAAUCAGAUUCGAUUUUGUUGACCGCAGACGGCAACGUCAAGCUUUCGGAUUUUGGUUUCUGUGCUCAGGUUUCUCAGGAGUUACCCAAGCGGAAAUCGCUCGUGGGUACACCUUAUUGGAUGAGCCCAGAAGUUAUAUCCAGGUUACCGUACGGCCCGGAAGUUGAUAUUUGGUCAUUAGGCAUUAUGAUAAUUGAAAUGGUUGAUGGAGAACCACCAUUUUUCAAUGAACCGCCAUUACAAGCAAUGAGACGUAUUCGAGACAUGCCGCCACCAAAACUAAAAAAUUCUACAAAGGUAAGUCCGGGCCUGCAGAAAUUUUUGGAGAAGAUGUUGGUUCGCGAUCCAGCUCACCGAGCAACUGCCGCUCAACUCCUGGAGGAUCCGUUCUUAAAGCAAGCUGAUCAUCCGAGCAUCUUGAUUCCGCUAAUGCGACGAUCAAGGCAUACGAAUUGUUAAGAUGAACGAGACUCGCUUAAUUAGAAAAAAAAUUAUACUGCAGUAUUGGAAUUGAUAAGGUCGAUAAAGCGAAAAUUAAGUUUUAGGCUUGCAUACAUUUGUGACGAGCACGUUCGACAUAUUGACGUACUUUCGACGCUCAUUCACUGAGAGCACGCAUUUAGUUAUCAUAUUGUGCAUCAAGUUAACUAGGUUCUAAUGAAUGUUGUAACAACUACACGAAAACCUAUUUCCAAGUGCCUUUACGGAGUAGGAUUCCUUGAUGAGAUGUAUAUAUACUAUACACAUAUGUAUUAACACAUCGUUUAGAGAUAUUGUUAUCGUACAUACUUGCUUUUUUUGUAUUUUUCGUAUACAUAUCACAUAUUUCACACGUCUAAUGUAUAUCGGUUCAAUAAGAUCCAGACUACAGUCAUGUACGUUUUCAUCACGCUAAUUUAACUAACUUCGACUUAAAUUAUUUUAAAGUUCAUCAUUCACCAAAGGCAUUUCUUCAAAUCUUUUCACACUUAUGAACACUUUUUCGUCGUUGUUUUAAUUUCCACUAAUAGUCAUAGACAAUAGGUCGACAGCUCUCAUAUAUUAUCAAUUCGACAAUUUAAUUGAGUUGAAUCCGUACUUAGUACUUAAACAUUGAAUUAAUAGAAAAAAAACUAAUGUUAUAUAUUACAAACAAAACUAACCAGAUAAUCUACAGUUGUUCAAUUGAAAACUCAUAACUUUUACAUUCCACGUAGAAAAGGUAUAUGUGAUAUUUUUUAUCGGCAGAAUUGAGGAAAAAAAUAAGAAAGAGAGAAAGAGAUGAUGAAAAAAAUGAUUUUUUUCAUAUACAGUUGCGCGUUGAGAAAAUUAACUGAUGUAAACUUUGUAAACAAUUUUUAUGUAAAUGCAUUGUUGAAUAAUCUUAAAGGAUUAUAAUUCCAUGUUAAGGAACUUUUUAUCAUGCGUAGCGCUUGAUCUUGCCAUGAUCAUACGCCUGUAGAGUUUAGCAAUAUUAUUUUUAUAUUAAAAAAGACCAGAUCUAUUGUAUUAUCGAUCAUACAAAUCGCAUCACUUGUUUUUUGGAUGUUUGAUGAAUAAGUUUAUACACUAGGCUAUUAAUUUUUAUGAGUUUUUUGUGCUAUCAAUCACGAAAAUUACAAGGCGUUGUCGUGUAAAUAUAUCAAGAUUAUAGGUUCAAAAUAAAAAGUAUAUCCUUUU